AUGCCGAUCAACCAACCCUCCAACCAGAUCAAAUUCACAAAUGUGUCGAUCGUUCGACUAAAGAAAGGGAAAAAGCGCUUCGAGCUAGCUUGCUACAAGAACAAGUUGCUAGAGUACCGAUCCGGCGCCGAAAAAGACCUCGACAACGUCCUCCAAGUUCCCACCGUUUUUUUGUCCGUAUCGAAAGCGCAAACCGCUCCGGCAGCAGAGCUCGCCAAGGCCUUUGGUGCCGACACACCAAAAGAUGAAGUGUUGCAGGAAAUUCUACGAAAGGGCGAGGUUCAAGUCGGCGAGCGCGAACGUAAAGAUAUUCUAGAGCGAGUCGAGAAGGAGGUGCUGGACAUUGUAUCCGGUCGUCUGGUCGACCCCACCACGAAGCGUGUGUACACAUCAGGAAUGAUUUCCAAGGCACUCGAUCAACUCAGCUCUGCUAGCGGUCAACAGCAACAGCAGCCGGGCGGUGAUGCAAACGCGUCGGGAGACGAGAAGCCGGCACAACCCAAGAAGCCGAUGUGGACGGGUGUAUCUUCCAACAGGUCUGCGAAGAGUCAAGCACUCGAUGCCAUGAAAGCCCUUAUUGCCUGGCAACCGAUUCCCGUGAUGCGAGCACGCAUGCGUCUCCGUGUUACCUGCCCGGUCUCACUCUUGAAGCAGUCAGUCAAGGCCGCACCGGGUGCUGCAUCCGGAAAAGAAAAGGAAGCCCCGUCGGGUGGUUCAAAGGGUAAUAAGAAGGGAGGUAAAGGCGGGAAGAAGCCGAAGAAGGGCGACGACUCCGAUGUUGACGCCGGUGUUUCGGAUGCAGAGGCAACGCCCAAGGCGCCGGGCACUGUGAAGGACUUGAUCUUGAAUUACAUUGAAUCUGUGGAAUCACAAGAAGUCAGCGGAGAUGAAUGGGAGGUGGUUGGAUUUGCUGAGCCAGGAGCCUACAAAGCGUUGAACGAUUUCGUCGGCAACGAGACUCGCGGACGAGGACGAGUCGAGGUCUUGGACAUGUCGGUGACACAUGAGGAUUAA